AUGCUUACGUUAAAAAUUCUUGUUUACACAGUAGUUAUCUUCUUCAUUUCGCUUUUCGUAUUUGGGUUCCUUUCAAAUGACCCAGGACGUAACCCGAACUCAAAGGAUUUUGAAUAA